AUGCCGUCGGAGAAACAUGUCGCAGUCUGCAAUUUCCCGUUAAGUAGCCACCCCAGGACUGUCUCCAAACUCGUCUGUAAGCUUGCCGCGGCCGCCCCAAACGUCCGUUUCUCUUUUCUAAGCACGGCGAAAUCCAACGAUUCCGUCUUCCCCCCUACGUCGAGAGCUGCUUUCUUGCCGUCGAACCUCAGGGUCUACAACAUCGGCGACGGGUUGCCAGCUGGCUAUGACAAGUUGGCCAGCGAUCCACGAGUCGAAGCUGAUCUGUUCCUUAGAGCAGCACCUGUGAAUUUCCUAGCCGGUAUCGAUAUUGCAGUGCGAGACACGGGAAGCAAAGUCAGCCUUUUGCUGAAUGACGGUUUGGUAUCAUUGAUUGCAUGCGAAUUGGCGGAGAAACUGCAGGUCCCGUGGGUCGCGUUCUGGACUGGAGCUCCGUACGCUCUAUCUGUGCACGUCCACGCUGACCUCAUCCUCCAGCUGAGGCAAAACGCCGCCGACGAAGAAAAGACCCUGGACAUGAUCCCAGGACUGUCCGUCAUGCGCAUGGCGGAUUUGCCUGAGGAACUAGUGAAGGCCCCGGGCACGUCGAUGAUUUCCCGCGCGUUGCGUGAGGUGGGGAAUGUGCUCCCACGCGCAGCGGCCAUCAUCUUGAACUCCUUCAUGGAGAUGUAUCCCGAGCCCCUCAUGGCCGGCCUUAAGUCCAAGUUGAGCAUUUUGCUCUUCUUGGGUUUGAGGCCAAGCCCCCCUGCCUCAGACGAGACCGGCUGCUUGAGCUGGCUAGACUCGCAAAGCCCGCAAACAGUGGUGUACAUAUCCUUCGGGUCUGGAACCUUGACAAACCUGACGCCUGAAGAGAUAACGGCCCUGGCCGAAGCGCUAGAGUCCACUCAGACCCCGUUCCUAUGGUCUCUGAACGACCAGCUGAAGGCCCGGUGCCUCCCCAGAGGUUUCGAGGAGCGGACAAGCUCACUCGGGAGAAUUGUGCCUUGGACCCCUCAGAGGGAGGUGCUCAGCCACCCGGCCUGCGGGGCCUUCGUGAUGCAAUGUGGGCACAACUCGGUGUUUGAGAGCGUGGCAGGAAGUGUGCCAAUGAUAUGCCGGCCCGUGGCGGCAGACCAGAUGCUGACCGCGAGGGCGGUGGAGGAAGUGUGGGAGAUCGGAAUUGGAGUGGAGGGACGGGCGAUAACGAAGAGUGGGAUGGUGAAGGCGCUGGAGGUGGUGCUGAGGAGUGAGGAAGGGAAGGUGAUGAGGAAGAAGGUUGGUGAGUUUAGGCAGAGGCUUCUGGUGGCUGCUGGGCCAGAAGGGCGAGCUGAAGCUGACUUCAAGACUCUUGUGGAGCUCAUCUCUACCCUGUGA